GCGUAACGGGAGGCGCUGCGUGUUCAAUGAACGUUUGCGUGACUUCUCGAAGGCGAGAUUUUGCGAAUGGCGCGGUUGUUCUUUGACACAUGGGACCGGUUUGUUUCGAACCGCUGGCAGUGAGUGGCAGUCUGGAUGAUUGUGAAAGGGCCCACAGGAAGUGGCCACGACGCAGUGCCCUAACUUUACCCUGGCCUCCACUGCGUCCCGGGACCGGCAUGCGUUUAGGACCUGUGAGUGGAAAAAAGAGGGGGGAAUGAACAACACGCCGCCAGGAUUACGGUUGGUGUGUGGACUUGACUUUUCUUUGCUACUAAACGUAGUUUUGCUUUGCUUCACUGGGACGUCUUUGUUUGGCAUUUGGGACACCAGCAGCUCCGUCAAUGCUCUUCCAGAAGUAUUUGCAGUGCAGGCUCAGGCCUCCGACGGUGAUCGGCCAGUUCCACACCUUGUUCUUCGGCUCGGUGCGGAUGUUCUUCCUGGGAGUUCUGGGCUUUGCUGUGUACGGAAAUGAAGCGCUGCACUUCAGUUGCGACCCGGAUCGCAGAGAACUCAACCUGUACUGCUACAACCAGUUCAGACCCAUAACGCCUCAGGUGUUCUGGGCGUUGCAGCUGGUCACUGUGUUGGUUCCGGGGGCUGUGUUCCACCUCUACGCCGCCUGCAAGAACAUCGACCAGGAGGAGAUCCUGGAGCGACCUAUCUACACCGUCUUUUACAUCAUCUCCGUUCUAUUGCGCAUCAUUUUGGAAGUCAUCGCCUUCUGGCUGCAGAGUCAUCUCUUUGGCUUCCAGGUCCACCCACUAUAUAUGUGCGACGCCAGUGCGUUGGAAAAGACCUUCAACGUGACCAAGUGCAUGGUGCCCGAACACUUUGAGAAGACCAUCUUCCUAAGCGCCAUGUACACCUUCACCGUCAUCACCAUCCUCCUCUGCAUCGCCGAGAUCUUUGAGAUCCUCUGUAGACGACUUGGCUAUCUCAACAACCAAUGACCCCUCCUGCGGACGGACACAAACCGUCACCACUGCCGCAUCCCCACACCUUUGUUUCUCAUCAGCCUCUUGGUUAGCGACUGCUGGACUCAUGCGGAACAGGAAGCUAACCCAAGGAUGCUACGUGCAAGUCUGAAAUAGUCCACCCUUCCCUGAGGGAGGUCAUCCCACAGGACUGCUGGGAGGACAAGAAAGACGUGUCGUCGGGAUGCGAGGACGUUGACAAUGAGCCGCCUGCUCAUCCAUAGGGAAGCGUCAUUGCUCCGGACUGCAGGUGCAUCCUUCCUCACAACUUUGUGUUUGCGUGUGCAUGUGUGUGUGCGUGUGUGUGCGUGCGUGUGCGUGCGUGCGUGUGUAUGUGUGUGUGUGUGUCUGUCUGCACGCUCGCGUGUGGGUGGCCGCCUCCAGCCCAUUGUGACCUUUCCCGCAUCGACAGGAAGACACUUGUAGAUAACAAACGUCUUCAAAAAAGGACUCUGAUGACUUUCAAGGAUUUCCAGUAGGAAGAAAACAUCUUGCAUUCAAAUAGUUUGUCUUGAAUCAUUGUGUACUUUCAAGUCAUAAUCGAUUGGUCAUAUUUGUAAGAAAAGAGUCAAAGAGAGAAGGUUGUGUUGAAUAAUUGGCUUGUUGAAGGAAAUAAGUCAAAGGAGGUCUGAGCUUACGUAAGAAUAUCAACAAGUAGCUUUUAUUGAACAACAUCAAAUGUUCCCAUUUUUAGACUUUUGGUCUCAUUUAGAAUGUCAUAAAAUUAUUGACUUAUUGUCCAUGUUGACACUUCACAUAAUGCUGUUUUUAUUUUCUUAAUCAGACAUCCAUCCAACUUUUGUUGUGAAGGUUUCAUCUGUUUUUCAUCUCAGGUACAAACUUGCAUUAGCGAACAAAAGUGGAUCACUUUGAAUUCUUUUAAAGAGGAUUUCAAGGUGCUGCUGUGUUUUCUCGUGCAUGUAAGUGGAUGCUUGUAGGAUUUACUUCCUGUUCAGCAAAACAUGGUUAUUAGAGGACGUGUUAACACCUGUGGAGCCGGGAAAUUGUGAACUCUACGAAGCUCCAAACAAAAAGUGGAGCUUCUAUCAUUGCGUGUUUCCAUUUGAAACAAUCCCAAUCCAGGAUGAGAUUUUGUGUCUGGAACAUUUUCAACAUCAUUAUGAGGAGCAGCUUCCGGUCACUUGUUCACGAAACCUUGACUGUAACCUCUCUGGUGCUAAGCUAUUGGCGAUUAUUUGUGGUCAUUUUGCACACACUUGUGUUGCUGGCAGGUGGUAAACAACAUUAUCCUCAGUUUACUGAUGUCAUACCUCCAGGUCAUCGCUAGCAGCUCGUGAGCUGGCUGCCAAAACGCUACCAACAAGAUCACAUGGCACAAACAUGGCGACUACUACCUCAGAAACCGAGUCAACAUGGAGAUACCAUUAAUGUGCUAAUGUAGCUAGCAGCUAGCCCAGCAGCUGAAACCUUUACCAUGCUAAAUUGGACAGCAGCUAGCCUAACAGCUAAUAGCUUCAAAAUGCUCAAGUAGCUAGCAGCUAGCCCAGCAGCUUCAAUAUGUUAAUAAUUUAUUUCAGUUCAUCGUGAAACAUUUAUAGACGUGUGGAAUGAGUGGCUGACUUCAUACAUUUCAAAUAAAUCUGCAUUUUUCAUAUUUUGGACUUCUUGCCAACGUCUUCAUAUGUUGCUUCACUGUAAAAACUAAUUCAGUUUCGUUUUUUAACCGUUGAUGCUUGUUUUGUGUUUUAAGUCCUUCAGUGUGUGCAAAGUAAUCAUUGUCAACAAAAAGAGGCAAAUAUUC